UUGCUUUGUUUCAGCGUUGUCAUUUUAGCACGAUCGCUCUUCAUUCAAGUUUAUGAUACGCCGAACCCUCUUAGCCUAAAGUUUGUACCGGGGAUCAGAGUACUCCCGAAUGGAACGGCUGAGUUUUCACAAGCCACGGGUGCGGAUAAUUCUCCGCUGGCAAGGUCAUUGCUGCACAUCAACGGAGUACAAAGGGUGUUUUUUGGUGAAGAGUUCGUGACGAUCACGAAGAGUUAUCGGGUGACUAGCUUGAUGCAUAUUACAAUACGGUAUGUUACAUAUAUUCAUUGUUUAGACGAAGCCGAUAGAGAAACUGUUGAAAUGAUAAAAGAACUCUUGGAAACGAGGAUUCGACCUACCAUUCAAGAAGAUGGAGGCGAUAGUUACAAAAAUGGUGUUUUGAAGCUCAGAUUACAGGGAUCGUGUACCGGCUGUCCAAGCUCCACGGUAACCUUAAAGAAUGGCAUCGAAAAUAUGGUUCAGUUUUACAUACCUGAAGUGCAGAUGGUAGAGCAGGUACUUGUAUGCCUUAUUUAA